CCAGGAAAAGGCAGGACUGAUCCUUAAGUCGGCCGCAGGCCCUGUCGUCGUUUUAAUUAGAUAAAACAGAGCGAUUGUCUGGGAAAAAAACUAAAACAAAACGUGAAGACAGUGAUGCAUGACAACAGCAACACGUGUGCAAGUCAGGUGGUAAAACAGGAAGGCUGCCUGCUGUAAGAGGGGGGCCGUUUAUUUCCGGUAUUGAACCGUAUCCUACGGCGGUAUCCGGGCGAGCUUGACGUGUGCUUGGCUUUCUAAUUAUACAUUUACUCAUCAGUAUAAUUAUAGUACUUUGUUACAGAGCCGGCUAUGUUAGCUAAAUGCCGCAUUUCCGGAGUGACAGGCUGCCCGGCUCUCUCUGCUUAGACGGCGCCGAUCGGAUUCGCUUGUCGGUCGUACGGCCGUGUUUCGGACCGAUGCCGGGGGCGAAACGGAAAAGCACGUUGCGGGAUUGAGGAAAAGCCGGAGUGGUGCGGGGAGGAGGACGAGGGCAGGGAUGCAGUCACCGCCGUGUUCGUCAAAGGAUGAGCGACGCGGGGCAGCGACGCCAGGCGCGCUGAUGUUGGAGCUGAAGCCUGUGCACCCGCCGCCGCUGGACGGACGCGCAGGGUGCGAGACGUGGAGCGUGCGCUUCUCCCCGGACGGCGGCUGCUUUGCAUGGUCCCUGGGACACGGCAUCGUAAAGCUGCUGCCUUGGCCCCUGCAGGACGUCGAGCGACACCGGAGCGCGGAGAUGGAGGAGGCCCCGAGGAGCAGGGAGCGGACACUGCAGUGCGGCCACAGUGUGUGGAGCCUGGCCUUUGGACCUGUUACCUCCAAGUUUGCAAGCCACACAAAUGUCAAAGGCGUACCGCCCGAGCUGCUUCUGGCAACUGGCCUUAACAACGGAAAUAUUAAAAUAUGGGAAGUGGCUACAGGAAAUCAGCUUUUCCAUCUGACAGGCCAUCAGGGGGUCGUUCGGGACUUGGCUUUCACGCCGAACGGAAGCCUCACGCUCGUGUCCGGAUCUCGGGACAAAACGUUACGGAUUUGGGACUUGAGCAAACCAGGCAACAACUUCCAUGUUCUGACUGGUCAUACAAGUUGGGUUUACAGUUGCAGUAUCUCCCCGGACUCUAGCAUGAUUGCAUCUGUUUGUAGGGGGAACACGAGGGUGUACCUUUGGAGUCUCCGCUCUUACACCUUCAUGAAGAACCUGCAGGGCUUCGACAUGUUCCCCGUGUCAUGUGACUUCUCGCCUGACGGGGCGCUGCUGGCCAUCGCAGCUUUCGCCACAAGGUGGGAAAUUGACGUGUUUGACCCCCACUCCGGCGAGCGUCUCAUCGUGUUGAGGGACUGUCUAUACUGUGAUCACGAUAUCAUGAACACGCCGAUCCGCGCCGUCUGCUUCUCUACCGAGGGCCUGCAUCUGGCUUUUGUCACGGAGGACAGGGCAAUACGGAUUUGGAAACUGGGUCAGGACAACCCAGCCAUGGAGACUGAUCUCCUUCGCUUCUCAAAUGGUCUGUGCUGCACAUUCCAUCCACAUGGAGGCGUUGUUGCGACAGGCACUAGGGAUGGACACGUGAAGUUCUGGAGGACGCCCCGACCUGUGCCGAGUCUUAGCCACCUGAGUCGGGUGUCCCUGCGGUGCCACACCUCUACCCACCAGGUGAUGGCUCUGCCCAUUCCCAACAAGAUAAAGGACUUCCUCACCUACAGGAACCUGCGGGGGUGUCACGAGGCUCGCUGUGGGAUGCACCAGCUACCGCUAGACUGAACGGGGACUCAGGACCCUACAGCUUUGUGCUGAGGACUCCUCUGGUGGACUGGAGCCGCGCAGCUGUGUAAAUAAGCCAUAGUGAAUGGUGCCGAGGACCAAAACGACUGCUAGGGAGCCAAAAUUUUAAAAAAUCAACUGACAUCCCACUAAUGACCUUGAUAUCAGCCUUUUUUGUUGUUACUAUUAAUCAUCAAAAUAAGUCCCAGAAUCAGGGCUGACAAGUUUCUUUGGAAUCCAAGUCGGAACUGGUGUUCAUGAAAAUUAUAAGCAUUAGCUGCUCGUAUUGUGGGUGAGGAAAUAAUUCAAUGCUUAAUGUGCACAAGUAUCAAAUCGGGAACAGAAAUUAUCCAUUGGAAACUUCUCACCUUAAUAUUCAGUUAUGAGUAACUUUCAGGUAAUAUUCUGUAUAUUUAUAGAUAAUACUGAUAUUUCUCAGUCCUCUGGUUCUCUAUUCUGUUAAUCUGCAGGUGGAGAAAUAAUCAUCUCCUUUUUUUUGGGGGGGGGGGGGGGGGUCUUGGUGUGAGGAAAUACUGACAUGACAUAGCAGGAUGGAUGACCAGGGAAAAAAUAACCUCAGAACAGGGGCAAGAGUUCACAUUGUGUAUCACAUCUCCCCGUAGAUACAGCACAUCCCUUACCGAUAUAACUCUUUGGGAGGAAGGUUAACUUCCACUCAGAAAUAGAAACGACCAGCCGUGUUUAAUGAACAAACUACUGUGUAAAGGGCGUGUGGUUUAAUGUGGCACAGAGAGGCUCAAAGUACUGCUCUGUGAAACAAAUACUCAUUUCCGGUUGGAUACAUUUACUAAAUAACAUUCCUUGGUCAUGCAAGUGCAAAAUAUUUAUUUCGAAAAUCAUUAAAGCAUUUAUAACUACAAAA